UGUAAAAAGCUUGUGAUAUUGUAUUAAGUAUUAAAACUGAUUUAAAUAUGGUUAAAAGACUAAAAACGUGUUGUGUUCCAAGGUGCAUUGAUAAAACUUCAUCAAGGUUUAACAUACCAACGGACAAAUUUGUUCGAAAAAUUUGGGUUGAGCGAAUAAGAAAUGAGAAGCUGGUGCUUCAAGAAGACUUGCAAAACUUUAGGGUUUGUAAGUUACAUUUUGCUGAUGUUUGUUUUGAAGAAUCAGGACGCUUACGAAAGUAUUCCUUACCAACUUUAAAUUUACCAGAUUAUAAGAAACCCUCAUUGGAAAAUUGUUUUUUUCUGCCCAGAACCACAGAUAGACUACAAGCAACUCCAGAAAAAGUGAAAAAAAUUCUCAAAAAUCUGCAUGUUGGUGAUAAAAUAGCUGGUCCCUCAACAUCUAAACUUAGUAGUCCAGUUUUAAAAGUUAAGGAAAUCAAAAGGGUGUAUGGAAAAACUUGUAGAAGACUAACAUCUAAUUACAGCCCAGUUAAACAUGAUAACACUGGUGAAGCUGUUUUAUCAGGUGUUAUGCCACACCCUGUAUAAUAAACUUCUUAAAGUUCGACCACAAAG